AUGGGUCUCAUUGACAAGAUUGAAAAUAAACUGAGUGGUUCUCACAAGGAAGAGCCCUCGGCGAACACUUCCAACACCAACACCAAGCAUUCUGGGGAGUAUGGCUCUGGAUAUGGACAAGACAUGGGACGGACUUCGAACGUGACGGAUUCAAGCACGAGGUCUUCGAGCAAUCCCCUGCAGCAUCCUAUCGGUUCCGCUUCAGGUGGAAGUGGCAUCACAGGCGGCACGAUGAAAGAUGGGGUUCCUUAUGCAAGUGGUGGACAUGAAGGUGGACAUGGGUACGGACACGGCACGGGCAGCAGCAAUAUCGCCUCCACCACCGACCAACUGCGCGAUACACACCUCGGUGGCUCCAGUCAAUACGAACACAAUGUACCCCGCCAGCCUUAUGACCCGUACAGUGCCAAAGGCCAACAGAUUGCCGCAAACGCCGCCGAUACGAGGUUUGCAGGCGCUGAUACUAGGAAUGCUGGCACUGGGCCUGGUGUUGGUUAUGGUGCUUCCCAGAACCGCGCGCAGGCAGGCGAUCUGGGUAGCCGAGCGGCUUAUUCGGGCUUCGACAGUCAGAAUGCUACUGAUGAUGUCCAGCGUUCACCACACGGAGGCGUGACGAAUCAGGUUGCCGGUUUGAAGACGGGACCACAUAGUCAAUUGGAAAACCGGGAAGCAGUCCCGACUGCUGGGGGACAGAAAUUGGGAGCCGGUGAGGGACACCACUAUGGAACAGAUGCCGGCGUAGCUGGUGCCGGCGGUCUCGGUGCGUAUGAAGCAGCAAAAUAUCAAAGCCAUGGAGGGCCUGCUUCGAAGACGGUUGGUCCGCAUGAGAGUAAUGUGGCGAACAUCAUGGAUCCGCGCGUACAGCCCGAUCGGGAGAAUUUGCAGCACAUGGAUGGUAAAGAAUAUGGCGGCGGCAGUCCUUCGCAUCAGACCACUACGACGACACAGCACCAUCCGACGACCACCACGAGCACGACUACCGGCGCUCCGUAUGGGCAGAAUUUCUCGUACAAGAACAGAGGCACGACCGAGCAGGAUCCGAAAGAUCAUCACUAUGGUCGUGAUGCUGCUCUGGCUGGUGGAGCGGGUGCUGGUGUUUUGGGAGCGGGGGCUGCUGCGCAUCACCAUCAGGGUACAGGACAGCAUGGCGCUGAACACGGGACUUUGAAGAGGAACACUCAACCUUCUACUGCUACUGGUGGUGGUGUGGGUGCGACUCCCUUCAAUGCUGGAGGUCCGGCGAACCAACCAACCUCGGGCGCUGCUCGAGCGAAAGGAAUGGGUGGAGCAUAUGAAGCAGGAUACGAGGCAGGCUACCGCGAUGCUCUCGAAGCUGUACGAUCUGGUCAGACUCAUUAG